AUGUUCGCGUUGCUGCUGGUCGCCUUCCUUUGCGGAGUCACUGCCGACUCCCAGGCCGAGCGCCCUUCCUCCCUCCGAGGCAUGGAGCCUUUGGCCUUCUGGGCAGAGGAGCGCCGCCUUGGGGACGACCGCCGCCGGCAUUGGCGCCAGGAGCACGAGCACGAAGGCGAAGAAAAGGAUGAGCCGUGGGAGCAUCAGGAGCACCACGAGCACGAGGAUCACCGCGAGGACCACUGGGAGCACCAUGAGGACCACUGGGAGCACCAUGAGGACGAGGAGCACUGGAGGCCUCACUGGGGCCCGCAUCCGGAUCCUCGAGAGUGCUUUCCGCCCUUUGACUUUUGCCAGAGUUGUGUCGAUGGCGGGUGCAUGGGCACCCCUUGCAAGGCGAGGUGUUCAAUGUGCGACCCCUGCCAGACUUGCAAUGGCUUUGGCGAGUGCAUCGGCCCAACCUGCGAAAUUCAGUGUGCCUUGUGCGACUCCUGCCAGACUUGUGUGGGAGGCCAGUGUAUCGGCUCGUCGUGCCAAGACAGGUGUCUUUCGUGCAACACGAUGCCCAUGAUGUGCCCAAAUGGGCAGACAUCGAUUCCUGGUAGCUGCAUGAACGGUAAUUGCAUGCCAGGUUCGUGUGUGUAG